UGCGUCUGAGUCCACAGCAAAGCUGUGGGUACUGUAACAUAGCUCAUCCAUUUCCAGAUAUACUGCGCUACAUGCAUGCUCCCCCGGCUCGAGCUGCGGGGCUUCGUGCGACAGGAUUCUGCCGCGAAUAAUACCCGGCUCUCUUCUGAACAGCUCCCAACAAUAAAGUCAUCGCAUUCGCUUCUCAAGUCUUCCCUUAAGAGCUUCUCGUAGUAAAAAUUUUGGAAACUUAGCAACAGGUGUAGGCUUUGGGCACUAUGGAGCGCCCAUUCAAGAAACAAUGCAGGUGUUGAUCGUGGGAGCGGGCCCGUCUGGCCUGCUCUUGUGCUUACUCCUAGCUAAGCACGGUAUUCCAGUCCACCUUGUAGAAGCCUCUGAUCAUCUCGACGACCGUCCACGGGCAGCCAUUUAUGGGCCGCCCGCAAUCCCGGAUCUCAAGCGCGCCGGGAUUUUAGACGAGGUGCGCCGAAGAGGGAUGACGAACAGCACAAUGACAUGGUGGCAACUCGACCAUACAGCCAUUGCCAGCCUAGACGCCAGCGGACUCUCAGAUGUUGAUGGCGAAGACUUGCGUACCACGUGCCUUGUGUUAGAUGAGCUGGAUCGACUGAUGUUGGACGAAUUUCAGUCAAAACACAACGGCGUCAUUCAUUGGAACCACAAAGUGGUCGACGUGGGCCAGAACGAUGAGAAGGCAUGGGUAGAAGUUGACACCCCGAGUGGACGUAGCAAGAUAUACGCAGACUAUAUUGUGGGGUGCGAUGGAGCUGGGAGCCAAGUGCGGAAAUCUCUCUUCGAGGACUUUCCUGGUUUUACAUGGGACCAGCAGAUUGUAGCUACUAAUGUCUACUAUAAUUUUGAUGAAAAGUUUGGUCUUGCUAACUCCAAUUUUAUAGUGCACCCAGAGCACUUUGUGAUGAUAGCGAAAAUUACCGCUGAUGGCUUGUAUCGGGUCACCUAUGGAGAACUACCUGGGCUUAGCUGGGAGGAAAUCAAGAAGAGACAGCCAUGGAAGUAUGAGACAAUACUUCCAGGUCAUCCUAAGCCGGAGGAAUACAACUUGGUGAGCAUGGCUCCGUAUAAAAUGCAUCAACGGUGUGCGCCAUCGUUCCGCGUUGGAAGAGUACUACUCGCUGCUGAUGCAGCGCACUUAUGCAACCCAUGGGGAGGGCAAGGCAUUACCGGCGGCUUCGUUGAUGUCGGGGGCUUGUAUGAAUGCCUCGCUGGCAUGUGGGACGGAAAAGCAGAUGACACCAUACUCGACGUCUAUAGUGAGAAACGGAUAGAGAAGUGGAAGACCGUGAUCGAUAGAGUAUCACAGGAUAAUUUUCGACGCGUGUCUGAUGCAGAUCCCGACUCGCUGCUAGAAAGAGACCCAUUCUUGCUGGAGUGCAAGAGGAUUGAGCAUGAUAAGCAUUCGCAGCGCAACAUGAUGCUAUCGUCCUUGCAACUGAGGUAUGACUUCACGCAGCAUUACUUCAGAGCUUGAAUAGUACGUUACUUAGCAGGACAGGACUCAAUGAGAUUAUGGACCGUCGCAUCUGUUCACAAGUAUGUAAAGCGAGCAAGGGGGUAUAUAUUUACCUCCACGUUAUUGCCGAUUGAAAGUCGAGGGGCAAAUGCGGGGUCCCG